UUAAGGUUUAUUUUUGUGCUUGAGUUGACUAAUAUGUUUAUUGUAGCACAUACGUGAAAUCAUUCCAAGAAGCUUAUAUUUGCUGGGAGCAGGCGGUUUCGUAUCAUCUUGAAAAUUGUUUCGAUGUCUUUCACGAUAGGCAUUCAUUUAGUUGCUUCGUUUUUAAUUAGUGUUUGAUUAUUCCUCUGUUGACACAGUUUUGCGGGCUUUUAAUCAAAUGAUCGAGGUGUCAUAACCUCACGUAGUGAUCACAGAAUUGUAAACUGAAACUGUUUUUGUCAGAGCAGUCACAAAGGAAACUCUCGCUGUAAACAAGCUCUUCUUCACAAGGCGGACGGACCUAUAUCAGCGCAAAAAAUUACUUUGGGUCAAUUAAACUUGGGCAAAUUCUUUGACUUCCCUCACCAUAAGAAGCUACGUGAUUCCUGCUAAUUCGAAAAACUUCCUUUACACACGUUUUCAAAGGAAGCCACAGGCUCUGUUUGUUUUUACGCCAAGUGAUUACCAAAAUUAGCCACUAACAAGCAAGUUAUUGUCAUCGCUGACACCUUCAAUACCCAGAGCCUCACUUGCACGUGGACAGUGUUAUGAAUUUUUUCAUCCCGAAAAGAUGUCCGCUUCACCAAUGGAUACAAGGCAAGUAGGUAGACAUGUCUUUAUUUUCUCGAAGCAGAAUGGAAGCGAGAAUUCUCCUACAAUUAUUGCAAAGCCUGUCAACAUCACACAGGAUUUGCCACGAGAAUUUCUACGCUAUUUAAAAACAUUGUUCGAUAUUCUUGACGAGAAGGGAACAGGCUUUGUGCGACUCUCUGACAUAGAGACUAGGUGGAAAACUAAACAAGGCUCGAAUGGACUCGGAGAGGGAGUCAUGGAAAAUUUACGGAAGGUUACCCCCAAGAAUGGGCUUCUGAACUUUGAAAGACUAUGUACUGGAAUGAAAUUGGCCCUUAAAACGCAACCACGCGCCCAAACAAAUGGUAGUGCGAACGGCUUAGAUCACUCAACCAGAAGAUCGAACUCGCUACCGCAGCUGGACACGGCUACUAAAGGUUGGACUUCCGAUUCUAGCGAGGACUCAUUUGCAGGCAACGAAAACAGAACUAAGGCUCAAGUAAUUAACAAAUUAAGGGAUUGGAAGAAUGAAAAUCAAGAAAAGAGGCGUUCUCUGACUUUUAAUGCUUCAAAUCCACGGACAAACGGGAACGAUAGCUCCGGAAGUACAAGUCCAUCCUCAGGAAAUGGAAGUCCAAAAGGAAGAUCAAAUUCUACAACAAAAGUCUACUUUGUUGGUAAAGAAAUCAGCAGUAGUGUACCAACAAAUUUAAAUGGACAUAUUAAAGAUUCUGCUGCUCCUACUGAAAUCCGGACAAUUGACAAGGAUGCUAGAUUACAAGAGCUUGAUGAUGAGCAUGACCUUUUACAAAAUGGUCUUCAGGUCAUCGAAAAAGCUAGAAAGUGGUAUUUUAAAAGAAUCACAGCUAUUCAGGAAGAGAAAUUACACCUUCAAAAUGAUGACCAAUAUUCUCUUGAACAGUUUCAGUAUGAAAUUUUGCUUCACAAGACAAGAAGGAGAGAGCUUGGUUUGGAUGAUGACUCUUUUAAAGAGCACAAACAUCACAUACAGAGUGUGAAUCAGUCCUUAGAAAGAAUCAUUGAAGGGAAAUCACCUGUAAAGGCAUCACCAACUUCAAGUUCAGAAGCUAGUAAUGAAAAACAAUGGCUGCAGGAUGAAGUAGAACGUCUAAAAAAGGAGGUCUCUGAGAAAGGAAGUAAAAUUGCUCAACUGGAAACUGAGAAGUCUGCCCUCAUCCGCGACUUGUUCAACAGCAAAGCGUCUGGAAAAAAUGGACUUAGCACAAAAAAGCCCCAUCAGAUCUUCUAAUCUGAAGGCAAGGCCGGCCAAAUUGU